AUGUCUUCUAACAUAUAUUUAACAUAGACUUAAAUUCAUGAUUUGUUUGAGCCUUGCGAAACCAAAAAAAUCGAGGUUAAAACUUUAGACAUCCCAUCAUUCGGAGAUGAUAACUCAAGUUAAUAGUCACCGGAGUUUCAGUAGGAAGCAUACUAUUUUCUUUCUAGUUGCAAAAAGGACGAAAACUACACCACAAAUCCAACGAACAACACAAACCGCCACCUAAGUCAGGAUUCUAUCAUAGAGUUGAAAGAUGAUACAGUUAGAAGUAUGUAACAAUGUAUAUUUAGUUCAGUAUCGAAGGCUGAAUAUGAGAGUUUGAAGAGAGAUGCUUAAAACUACCAGGCUUUGAUGAAAUUGAACCUCAAAUUGAAGGCUCACAAUCAAAUGAAAAAUCAGGCUAAUUCUUACCAAUGUACUAAUUAUUGUUAUUAUGAAUCAGCCCAAAUUUAUGUGGCAUAAGAAUGCAAUAAGAAACUGCAGGGACACAUUUAUGAGCUUCUUCAAACGAUCAAGAUUUUGGAAACUGAAAAUUAAUAGUAUUCUGAAGAUUUAUUACUACUGAGAUUGCAGAUACAGGAUUAAUUAAAAAUUAUACAAUAGGGUAAGAUUGAUAUUGAGAGAUUAAAAAUAACAAUGAUUGAAAAAGACGAAAGCUUAAUUGAGUUACAAGACAAUUACAAGAAACUCUUUAAAGAGACUGAAAGAACAAAGAAUUCUAAAAGUGCUUAACGAAGUACUUAUGUAUCUACUCAUACUUCCAGUCCUUUAUUCAAAGGGCUGUCAAGAAUUUGUCUUAAUAAUUACUGUAAUUCAAGUUUUGUUAUUGAAAAAUAGCAAUGA